AUUGAGGAAAUUACGUAAUAAAAACUGCCGCAGCUGCCAUUUGGAUGACUAGCGCCCUAGACUUUUACACCCACAUAGCAAGUCGACUGGGUUUCAAAAAAGUAAAUUAUUACAUAAAAGUUUGCAAAGUCGGUCUUAGCAACACGGGUUGGCUAAAGCGUGGUCCAGCUCUUCGUUCUCGCGAGAUCUCGUCAAGUCAGCGUCGUUGCCAUGGAUGCUGAAGUCGCGGUCCAGGCGAUCCUUUGGGGAAUCUUCUUUUCGACAAAGCCAUGCAAAAUAGCCUCUGUCGUAAAGGAAGGCGAUAUUUAAUCUAAUGGAAGAAGCAUCACAGAUGGACUAUAGCAAUGGAGUGAACAAUCUUGAGCCUCAGGAAAAUGUAAAAGAGCAAGUGGACAAGAUGAAAGCCAAGGAUACAUUUCUCAAUGAGCAUAUGGACUUAGUGAGCCAAAACAUUUCAGGAGACACCAUUCUAGACAGACUUGAACGGGAUGAACGUCAGCGUUUGUUGGACCAGCUGAGGGAGCUGACGGAUGUCAAUGGUCGCCUCUUCAAAUUGCUGAGUGAAAAAGAAUUUGAGUACAAACACAUGAAGAAGAAAUGGGAAAAAGAGAAGGUCUUUCUCAUGGCUGGUGUGUCCGGCAUGACAGGUGAUGCAGCUGCCGUCAAGAUUGUGGAGUUGUCCAAAAAGAACCGAGAACUGACUGCUGAAGUGGAACGAGAGAGGACAAAAUGCAAACAAAACAGCAAUAGAAUCAAAGUGCUCGAGAAGGAUGUGAGUCUUCUGUAUGGUUUCAUGUCGUCGCAGCGUCUGAAUAGUCAUUCAUUUCCGUUUUUCUUACUACAGCUACAGGCUGCUGUGUGCUCAGCUCCAGGACAAGAGACUGACGCCAAUUGCCAGAAGCAAAGCUCAUCUCAAGACACUGAGGACGACCCAGUGGUGAAGUCCCUGAAGGAUAAAUUAUCUGCUGCCCAGCUCAAAGUCACAGAGCAUCGCAACCAAGUUCAGUUUCUUAAGCAGGAGCUAAAAAUGGCUCACAAGGUUCUGAUAAAUGAGGUCGGGGAAGACGUCAACGUUUCACAGCUACUGAGUUGUGCAGGAAGCUUUAGAGGACGUGCACAGCAGAUACUGGCUCUUCAGUCAAGGGUGCGGGACCUGGAGCAGCAGCUGAGAUCACCUCCAUUGAGCAUGUUGAACAUGGACGAAGAACGACUAUCGGGCAUUUUUCUUAAAAGCCGGGGCCGUUACAUCGGCUACAGCCGCAACGCUGAGAAGGAAAAGAGAGAGGCCUUUCAGAGGCUCUCGGACAGCUAUGAAUCCUUGCAGCGAGACCGCGACCAGGUGAGGAAAGAGCUGGAUGCUUCCAAAGCAAGGAACAAAUGUCUGUCUGCUGACAUAAAAACCCUGAAAGCUCAGAUUUCAUCUAUGCUGCUGAAGAGCAAACACGACGACGAGCUUGUGGACGCUAUAUUGAAGGAGAAGAGUCGCUUGCUGGAACUGCUGAACCACCUCACCAGGCAGAGUACACCGAGCCAAUCCAGCUCGAGAUCAUCGCUCAGCAGCGAGCUCUCCACGCAGAAGAUGCUCAUCCAGAACUUGUACCAAGUGGUCGCUGACAAAGAAGACACCAUUAAACAAUUAGAGGAUAAAAUUAAGCAGCUUUCCAGUCAGUGACAACUGCUGACAAAUCAAAUCGGAUGAUCUGUCAAAAUAGUGAUUAAGAAAAAGGUGAUUUCAAAAGAAUCCCAUUGUUAUACUCGAUUGUAAACUUUUCAAAAAUAUUCUAAACGACGUAAAAUGAGAUGCUAAUGUAGGACUGCAUUUCUAUAUGUUAAUAUGAAUAACUUUAAACAAUGAUGUAAAACAAUGCUUUAUCAUGUGUCAAGAAGCUGAUUUUUUCCCUUCUAAUUACUUAAAAAAUACAGACUACUGACAAUACUGUACUGUAUGCGUUUUGGUAGUUGAGAAUGCAAAUUGAAAAUAAAACAGUGAGCAGUGGUUCCCAACCACUUUGCCAUGGCACAUGAGUGUGGUGUGGAAAGUCAUCCAAUUUCACUUUCUAUGGCUCAAAUAUA